UGUGGGGGCGUGCAGGGGGACAGGAGGACAGGAGGGUGUCGGUAAAUAGGGGACGACAGGGACAAGCAGGGCGGGGAGGCGAGGCGACAGCGGCGCGUCGGGGAGGCGGGAGGACAGGUGUGUGCGGGAGAGGCGGACUGACAGGUGUGCGGGCAGCGGGCAGAGGGCCGUGGGAGGGGCAGGGCACGGCGAGGGCACUAGUGGGCGGGGUUGGGGCCGCGAUUGGCCGGGAGUGGGGGCCGGCUCCGCCCCGCCCCGUCAGGCCCCGCCCCGCGCUCCCCGCCCCAAGGCUGCGGCGGCUGUGUCGUCAGUGUUUUGGUGAGCGGCGAGUGUGUGCCAUGAGUGGGCCAGGUCACCCGCGACCUGACCUGAGCUGACCAGUGAGUGAGCGAGCAGGCCCGCCGCCAUGGAUCACGGCGCCCGCGCGCGGGGCCACUGGUGGGGGCCGCGACCCCUGCUGGGAAGGGGGCGGCAGGUGUACACGUGUUUGAUAGUCUUGACCCUCCUGAGCGGGUCCUUUGUGCAGUGCUGCGGCCCCGGCCGCGGCGGGGGUCGCCGCCGUUCCCCGAGGAAGCUGCGGCCGCUGGUGUUCAAGCAACAUGUCCCCAACGUGUCGGAGAAAACCCUGGGCGCCUCGGGCCUUACGGAGGGCGCCAUCACGAGGGACGACCCGAGGUUUCAGGACCUCGUGCCGAACUACAACUCGGACAUCAUCUUCAAGGACGAGGAGGGCACCGGCGCCGACAGAGUCAUGACACAGCGGUGUAAGGAGAAGCUCAACACUCUGGCCAUCAGCGUCAUGAACCAGUGGCCCGGCGUGCGGCUGCGGGUCACGGAGGCCUGGGACGAGGACCUUCACCACUCCCCCAACAGCCUACACUACGAGGGCCGCGCCGUAGACAUCACCACCUCCGAUAAGGACCGCUCCAAGUACGGGAUGUUAGCGCGCCUAGCAAGAGAGGCGGGCUUCGACUGGGUCUAUUAUGAGUCGAGGUCCCACGUGCACUGCUCCGUUAAGUCAGAGAAGUCAGCGGGCAGUAAGCUGGGCGGCUGCUUCCCGGGCCAGGGACAGGUGGUGACCCCCCAGGGCUCCACGCCCCUGCAGGCCGUGCGGGCGGGGGACCUGGUGCAGGUGAUGCGUGAGGACGGCUCCCUAGCCUUCAGUCCCGUGCUGAUGUUCCUGCACCGCGACCCACGCGUGUCCCGCGCCUUCCUGAGGCUCACAACGGCCAGCGGCACCACCCUCACCCUCACGCCCUCGCAUCUUAUCUUCCUGCUGGAGGCUGGCCUGGCCACGGCGGCGACGCCCACGGUGAGGGACGCCCUCCAGCAAGGCGGCGUGGUGCUGGCUGGCCGCGUGGAGGCCGGGGACUUCCUGCUGGUGGCGGGGGAGGGUGGCGUGACGCUGGAGAAGGUGGUGGGCGUCAGCUACCACAUGGACGGAGGGGUGUUCGCGCCCCUGACGGCCGAGGGCACGCUGGUGGUGGACGGCGUGGUAGCCUCGUGCUACGCCGUCAUCGACUCCCAGGCCAUCGCGCACUGGGCCUUCCUGCCCGUGCGGCUGUACAACAACCUGCGGGAGGCGGUGCUCACAAUGCUGCGGGCCAUGGGCGGCCCGGUGCUGCCCUCCAAGGUGGACAACCCGACGUUCCGCAGAGGCAACAGCACAGCGGACAGUGUGCGGUGGCGGGAGGGCGAGGACACAGCCAACAGCCUGGGCGAGGGCGAGGCAGCGUUGCACAUCCACUGGUACCCGCGGCUGCUGUACACCCUCGCCUCGUGGCUCCUCCCCGCCCACCUCGUCUACUCCUAGUGCCCGCCGCCCGCCGCCAGACUCUGCCCUACCCGCCCGCGCCCCAACCAUGACGCCCCACGUGUUGCUACGAAGAAUACGACGAACUCACCGCCGCCACCACCAUGACAACCCACUGGUGCUGCCCUGGUGUGUGUGUGUGUGUGUGUGUGUGAGAGAGAGAGAGAGAGAGAGAGAGAGAGAGAGAGAGAGAGAGAGAGAGAGAGAGAGAGAGAGAGAGAAAAGCACAACACCUGCUCAUACAUGAACGUAGCCGCAGGUGGGGGGGGGAGAGAGAGAGAGAGAGAGAGAGAGAGAGAGAGAGAGAGAGAGACAAGCACACUCCCACCACCUAAUUGAAUAUGUAAAGUGUUUAUGUAAAUGACUUCAAGGUGUGUGUGCAUGUGUGUGUGUGUGUGUGUGUGUGUGUGUGUGUGUGUGUGUGUGUGUGUGAUUUAUCAGCCCCAAAAUGAACAAUGGUGGUGGUGAUGGUAAUGGUGGUGGUGGUGGAGGUGGUGAGGAAUUUAAACGAUUCUAUGGGUACGUUCUGAUGGUGGAGUGACUUGAAAACCACACGAUGUAUACCGCAUGCAACCACUCAACCACAGAACGUAUACAUAGACCCCAACGACGAUAAAAGAAGCAGUUGCGGCAUGAGCAGAAUCAUCAGCAGCAGACAGCAGAAGUAGCAGAACCAGUAGUAGUAGUAGUAGUAGUAGUAGUAGUAGUAGUAGUAGUAGUUGUAGCAGCAGAAGAGGCUGACCGAGUGACCCGCUGCAGGAGUGUAGUGUUACGGACAAUGGACCUGAGGGGCUACCAAGGACAGCUGAGGUCGAGGUCACUGUAUGUGUAGCUAAGGUCAAGGAGGUGACGUGUGUGCAUACCGUUGGCAGGACGAUGAACGAAGUGAAAAAGAGGGAGAAAAAUAUGAAAAAAACUGAGACGGUGAAAAAAAAAGAAAGACGGUGAUGAAAAAUAAUAGUAAUAGUAUGUGAAGAAGGAGAAAAAGGAGGAGGUUGGAGGAGGAGGAGGAGGAAGAAGAGAAGGAGAAGGAGGAGGAGGAGGAAGAGGAGGAGAAGAAGGAGGAAGUGUAAGUAAAACUGGAAUAAAGAGAAGAAUCUGUGUUCAUGUAAACCUACGUGGACAUGCUUGUGUACCUAUAACUGUGCAGUGUGUGUGUGUGUGUGUGUGUGUGUGUGUGUGUGUGUGUGUGUGUGUGUGUGUGUGUGUG